AUGAGUAAAAAUGAUAAAAAAAUUAUUGAUCAAGAAACUGCACGUAUUAAACAACUUUUAAAUGAUCAAAAAAAUGAAAUUGAUACUGAAAAGAAAAAAUAUGAUCAAUUACUUGAAAUGUUUUCUAAUAUAAAGAAGAAUGUAGCUAAUACUGUAAAAGAAGCUCUUCCUGAAAUCUUAAAUGAAGCACUCAAAGGUACUAAUUCUAGUGAUAAUAUAAAACAAUUAGUAACUGAAAAAUCAGGGGAAAUAAUAGAAAAAUUAAGUGAAAAAAUUAAGGAUGUGGGUGUUGAAGAAAAAAAAAAUGAAUUACAAAAUAUUCAAAGAAAUAAAACUUCAAAAUAG